GUAACCAAUAAAGGCGCACUUUGCAACUAAAACCAUAUGGUUGGGGCUUUCCCGGUAUUUAAAUUGGGAGCAUUGGCUAUAAAACAAAUAGGAAAGCCCCUGGCCAACUACCUGAAGCGCAAGGCCAAAACAAAUACAUUUUUCAGGAACUAUGUGUGCCUGCCUCCAGCACAAUCGAACGGUUUCAAAAUUCAUAUUGGGUGUUGAUUUCGGAAGCACUCAUGCAUGCGCCAGGGUCUACACUAUGGAUCUUAAGGUCAUCGGAUGUAGCAGCACCAAAGUACCUCGGCUUGAAGGGUCUGAUGGUGCUUGCGAAUUGGAUCCAGAAGCUGUAUGGGAAUCCUUUUGCAAGCUGUUAGAUGAAGUAUUACAAGAUGCAGAAAUUAACCCUGAUCGGAUCAAUUGUAUAGGUAUUUCGGUUCAGCGAAAUAGCCUAUUGUUGUGGGAUAAGAAGACAUCAAAUCCUCGAACUCGUGUUAUCACGUGGCUAGAUACACGUUCUUUGGAUCUCGCCAAAAAAUUAAACCAGUCUUUUAUCUUUCGUAGUAUGAAAACUGCUGGCCAUAUGUUAUAUUGGAUGACACAUCAAUCAAAGUUUAAAGCGUUGGCGUCGUACCACUUCAAGACAGUAUUAGCAUGUAUACGUCUCAAAUAUUUAUUAAAUGAGAAACCAAAGCUUAUUGAUGAGUGUCGUAAGGGGUUACUUUGCUAUGGUUGUUUGGAGACAUGGUUGCUAUGGCGGCUUACAGGUGGCAAAACAUUUGCUACGGAUGUUAGCUGUGCAAGUGUUACUGGCAUGUAUGAUUCCUUUUCUCGUAAAUGGAGCCGUCCGAUUUUGGCUAGUUUAGGAAUACCUGCCAAUAUUCUUCCUGGUGUGUAUCCUUCCAGUUAUUAUUAUGGCACUGUUCAAAAUGGUCCACUGGGGUAUUCAUCAAAUCCUUCUUUGUCUAUUCCGAUCACUGGUAUCAUUGGUGAUGCUCAAGCUGCCACCUUAACAGAAAAUUGUUUAUCUCCUUGUCAAGCUAAACUUACAUUAGGCACUGGGAUAUUUUUAAAUUUACUUUCUGGUUCUAAAGCUCUAGCCGUAAUGAAUGGCUUUUAUCCUGUUAUUGGAUGGGCAUCUGGUCACCCGUAUUUUGACUGUAUUUCGACUUUUUAUAUGGGUUCUACUAGCAGUUCUUCGGAAUCUCCAUCAUCUGUACCAUCUACAUCUAGGUCUUUUCAUCUAGGUGAUCUUACUUAUCUAGUUGAAGGUCUUGACUUCUAUUCUCUCGUGCGGUGUCGUGGUUAGUUACUACUGAGGAGUCUCACACUGGGACGAAACGGCCUUCUGGGCUAUUAAUGGUCUAACAUUGGUUCAUAAUUGCAAUGAAGUUCAGCAAUCUCUACAACCCUAUACUGAAAAUUAAAUAUUUUUUCCCGUAUCACAAUAAUUGUCCCAAAUGCCCUGGUACGUUCGAGGGUGAGGAGAAUCCGCUCUCCCUCUCGAAAUGCUCUCACAUGGCCACGCGUAUAUAGCCUCUGCCAGGGAAGUCCUACUCAUUGCCUUAUCGUGGCGGGGAUGUUGUUUACGAAAUUAAGAGGACGAAAAGCGAAUGUCCGGCGCAUUAACCGGGUUGGUGGACAUGGAGAGUCCACCUAGGUGAGUUGAAAAACCCUGAUUCCAAACCAAUGGUGCACAUGGGCUGCAGUAUCGUGUUGGAACAAAUGGCGUAUGAACCAAUCGUUGGUCACCGGCUACUGUGGGACUGCAUCUUUUUAAGAUGCUCCAUUGCUUUGUGAAUCAGACCUCCAGUCGAAGGCUCCGGUUGUGGGUCCCCCUAAGAAAACCACUUGCUUCGGUUUGGGCACCCGGGCAGUAUCACAGCCCUCACACAUAUCAAAUGUGAUUUGUGUGGCGCUUAUGUAUUUGGUGCCUCCUUGUACCAAUAUCUAUGUGUUAAAAUAAAUAAAUAAGUAUCACAAUAGUGUGUUUCACUGGGGCUUAUUCAGUAUUUGUUAAUAUAUUGUGUCGGUAGCAAUGACCGAAGCUAGUUCUUGCCAGAAGCUUUUUACAUAUCAAAGUACAUAACAUUAUCUCAGGUAUUAAAUACCAUGAACUUAAAUGAACUACAUUCGACAUAUAAAGAGGAUAUGAAACAUCAUCUUUUUGUACUCAUAAUCGGCAGCUCUCACGCUAAUUUGAGUUUGUGGACAGUAGGCUAUUACGUAGUGGCUGUUUAUUGAAGCUUUUCUUAGGUCGUUUUUCCCGUUUCAGAAUCUCACCUGAACCAUCAAUGAUGUAUAGAUAAACAAAUCCUCAUCAAAACAUAAAAUUUUGACUUUCAACUAUGAACAUCGAAAUUUGAAUACAGUAACGUAAAGUUAAAGGGGAUGACAGAUCUUCACGAUGAUGUACAAAAUUUUCCCCCUCUACCUCCAUCAUUUACAAUUUUCAAGGCUUUUUAUUCAUAACACUGUUAGAACAUAUUUCAGUAACGCUAAUCGUCAAUUACUAUAUGCCAUGUGCACCUUUUACAUUUCCUAGUUAACAAAUACAAAUGUGAUUAACAUGUCAUAUGACCUACGGGAAUAUAAUGUUGGUAGAAUGGAGAAAACUUCUUUAGAAGUGUGCUUUAUUUCGUGAUAAAUUUUGGAGAUUUCAUUUCAUAAUGAAGUCAUUGGAAAAUAUUUCUGGCAUAAGACACGAUUAUUCCGGUCUAUUGUCAUUUCCCGCUAUUACAAUGUUUUUCAUCGCAGUUAAAUAUAAGUCAAACUAAUUAUCUAAGCUUUCUACGUCAUCUAUAUCAAGAAAUAUCGUACAGAACAAAACAUUACUGUAUUAAUUCUAAAUGAAAAUCACAUGUUUACUGAAAUUUCGCAUAACGUUCUUACGUUAGGUACGCUCAGAUCACAGAGACUGAUAAAUGUCUUCAAAUCACUAUCAUUUUGGAAAUGAUGAAUGUGUUUUUUUGUGAUAUUAGGAUGAAUACGCUUAUUCUGAUUAUGGUUGUCCAGUUUGUGAAACUACCGUUGAUAUCUUUGUUAAUUACUUCCUAAGUAGUUUAUUAGCCAGCCUUUCUUUUAUCUAUCUUUUUAGGUUUAUGGCCAAGUUUCUCCGCAGCAACUGAAGCUGUACACAAACGACUUCAGUCAGAAGCAAAUAGUCUUCCGUCUGUUGAUAUUAAUAAUACUGAUCUUAAUAAUAAUAAAAAAUUAAAUUCACAUAAACUAUACAGGCGGUUUAUGCCUGAAUCGUCAGAAAUAUGCAUAUCGAUAAAAAAACGUUAUCAUAUUUGGUCGCACAUACGUGCUUCAUAUUUGCGAAAAAAAUAGAUUGGCUUAAAACUUGUAUAAAAUAAUAAAGGCAUAAUCUAUUACGUUUUAUUGUUAAUUCAUUCUCUUUUUUCUUUUGUUAUUUAGUUACCUGCAGAUGGGUGUUCGUCCGUUUGUUCAUUAUUAUAUAUUUGUAUUACUUGUAUCUAUAUUUUCCUCUUUAAUAUUUUUUUUGUUUGUACUUAUGUUCAUUAUUUUAUCGGAUUAUUAUUUAUCCGUUCUAUUGUUUGUCUGUUUUUUUUUAUUGUGCGGUUUACAUUUUAUAUAGAGAUAAAUUUGAUUAUAAACAAAAUAAAUGUUUUUCGUUUCAGUUCAACAUUUUCGUCAAUUUUCCAUCAAAUAUUAUACAUUUCUGUGAUCAGUCAACACUAGAGGAGAUAUAGUUAGAUAAGAAAGUAUUGUAGUGAACGAGAACACCAGUGGAGACAACCAAAUACAUGUGAAUAUAAAAUUACAAAAUCUCUUGGUAAAAUUCGAGAACCAUACAGCAAAUACUCCACUUGCAAAAUGUCUAUCAAUUGUCUCAGACUUGAUUGUUUCUUCGUUUCCACACCAAUUACUCUCUGUUCUCGUUCUCUUUUCUUCGAUCUUCUUGACCCUCUGCCGUCAUGCAUUUCACUUUUAAUUGGUGAUACGUACUACUUAUAUCUGUCGACAUCAGUAACACACACCACGCUAUCAUUUAUCAAUUCAUAGGUAGUAAGUUAAACAAUAUCUUAUGAACAAGUUGGUAAGUAAUUCACUAAGUAAUAGUAAUAAUUCUUAUUCACCUAUUUGAACACAUAAAUAUUGGUACUAGGGGCACCGAAUACAUUUGCGACACACAAGUCAGUUGAUUUGUGUGUGGAUUGUGAUACUGCGCAGACAGAAGAAGGUGGUUUUCUUAGUAGGUUACACCCGGAGCCUUUGAUCUAGAGGUCUAAUCCACAAGGCAGUGGAGUAACGUAAAAAGAUGCAGUCAUAUGGUAGCCGGUGACUAACAUUUUUCACAAAAACCAUUAUGAAUAGUUUGUUUUAUUUUAUCUUUUUUUAUGUCCCCUAUAUGGUUUAACUGAAUGUAAUUUGAAAUGUCAUUUUUUUAUUCCAUAAUUACAUGUGUCUAUAUUUGAACGAUGUAUAACAGCAAUUUAUGAUAGAAAUUUAGUUCAGUGCUUUUUUGGUUAACUUACUGUAUACUAUUUUUGUUUAGUAAGUGUUUUACAAUAAAGCACAUCUGGUGUGCUCUUUCUUGCUUGUUUAUGAAUGACAUCUUUAGAAUUGUUCACCUAUUUUGUUUUGUUUACAUGUUUAUUGUUAGUUUUUAGUUACAUCAUUUUAAAGGUAGAUUUUACUAAAUGACUGUCUUGUUUUUUGUGUAUAUGUGAGUAUUAAUGUAAUGUCCACAAUUAACUUGGGUUCAAUUUUACCUAACCAAAAUGCCUAUUAUUCUUGUUUCGGUAUUCAGUAUCCUCUACCCAGUGAGUAAUGUUGAAUUUAAAUAAAACUUGAAUAUUAACGGGACAAAUCAAUUGAUUUUAUUGUUAGUUUGUAUCGACUAAAAUAGUUGAUAUAUUAAAAUACUGCCUUUAUACCUACUUCUCAUAUGAUUGUUAGAGAAAAAGCCUGGGUAUAAAAUUACGUGCUGAACUGAUUCCUAUGAUAAACUGUAACCAUUUUUAUGGACAUCACUUGGAUGGACUCCCAAUAACUUAACACCUGGAGUAAAUGUGUCAAUUCAAUAGCUACACAUUAUAUCGCCAAAGGAAAGAUUUGAAGAGAAAAUAAAAAUCAUAUUCUCUUCAUGGUUCGUGGCUUCCCACUCAUAACUUCUAAUGCAUCCGCUUUACCCAAAACAUUAUGUCGAUCUUGGCCUUUGCUUUGAUUCAAUGACUAUUACAUGCUUCCUAACGCUUCUCUAAUCAGCUAUGCAGAGUACGGAUGCGUUAUAAUCUCGAUGUUAUAAGUUCGAACACUGAUAUACACGCUUCAUGCAUAUAUAUAUAUAUCAUCGAAGUAAUGGACAAGCCACAAACCUUAUGAUCUUGAGAUGUCGCGUUACGUAUCCGGAAGUCCCCAUCCUGUCAGCAUUUAACUGCAUUUUUAUAUAUUUUUCGAUUCCAUAACAAGCUAGUGCUGACACCUAUGACAUGUGUGUUACUUCCUAUCUAAAACAGAACAAACCAGAAUACUGUGUAGCAUAAACGUAGUGCGAGACUCAGCGGGUUACUUGCAGGUGCUGUAUGGUGCUAGAGUUCUGUAAAUAUCAGCGCUAUGGUUUUACGAACCUUUUUUAACAAAGGCAUCACACUGGCCGAAUAUCGUCAUUCUUAAACUAGAUUUCAGUGGAUGAGUUGGAGUUUUCCCGUUGUCGAUAUUAGCGCUACAUUUGCUCAAUCUCUACUAACAUAUAUGCAUUCUUAGCUGAUUAGAUUGGUAGUUCAUUUAGUUACAAGUCUUAAUAAAUUUGCAUCAAGGCUAUCAAUGUAAUCCAAGACGCGCGUUUCAUCCCGUAUGUGUCUACAGUGUUAAUGCUCGCACUGAGACCCUAAAUUAAUGUAUUUAUUAUCAGAAAGCAUUAUUAGUCUGAAAAUCCUAGUGUUAUCAUCGGAAAGUGGAAGGCAACAAUAAUCACAUUUGCAGAUUCUCCAGAUGAUAAUUUUUAUAUCGACCUUUACAUGUUACUUAAAUUCUUAUUUAUCUGAUUCUCCUAGUAAAUUCAGAUUAUUUCAGUCAACCCCUUUUUGGUUAGUAAUAGCAGAAAUCAGGUGCAUAUUUUAAAGGAAUCAAAGUUGUUUCCAGUUAGUUUUCUACUCAUUAUGUUGCUUAAAACAGUAGGAACGUUGGUCUAUAUCUUACUAUACUGAAUUUAUUAUUUUAUGCAUUAGUCACCGUCCGAGUUAUUUCCAUUUGGAAUUGAUUGUUUAUUUUAUAAGGUUAAUUUUUUUAGUUACCUUAAACUGACUCAUGUGAAAUUAGGCUUUCUUUAAAUAAGAAUAUUUCAUUUAAUGAAGUGAAUGAGAUUGUUGCCGUAAUGUCCAGUGUUUUGUGUCCCUUCAACUUCACCAAUUAGUGUAUGCAUCGUUUAAGCACUAGCUAAUAGUUAUAAUUUGGCUGAACACAUGAUGUUAAAUCGGUUAAAUAACAUUGAGAAGUUAUAGUGAGUCACCUACUUAAUUAGUGUAUCACACAGCAGAGUUUACUUUUGUAUUUCUUACAAUAGUUUUUCUCUUACCUCACGGUUAUUUUACAAGUGCUCAAUUCCAAGGUCACUUAAUUAUGUUUGAUUUUCAAGUUUUUCUUAGUAGUACUGUAUACAUGUUUCAUCGAUCGUAGAUUCAUUUGAUUGUGCAUCUAUUCCACUCAUGGUGUGAUCCUGUAUGUAUCAUAUAUAUGUUCCAUUAUUCCGUAUUUAGCAUUUUUCUCAAUAAGACGUUAAAUAUGAAACAAUUAGGUUCACCUGUCCAUAUAACAAUCAUUUGUGUGCUUAGAUCAUAUUAAAUAUAGUGUAGUGAGAUGUUUCCAGUGAAAGAUUCCUACAUAUUAAUAACUAAUUGUUACAAAUUUCACAAAAAACCAUAUCUUAUUAGUAGUAUGUUUAAUCUAUAGUGGGUAUAGAUUCUCACAGUAGGCUAUGUUCAUAUCUUUGCGAAUGGUGUGUACAAAAUAUUUUUAUCGUAACUAUCUAGGAUGAUCCGAAAAUUGUAUCUGGAACAAGUACUGUAUUUAUGGUGUUAUUUCAAGGUUUACUCAAUAUAAGGACACUCAUAGAACACCGUAUAUGGAAAAAUGAGAACACUACAAGGUGCUUAUAGUUAUCGUAAUAGUAACGCUGUUGUCAAUAAUAAAUAUAUUUUUGUUGUAUUUCUGACAUUUCGUGACUUAAUGUAAGUCACCAUUUUUCUACUCAUUGGGACACAACAAAAAUAUAUUUAUCUAUCAUUAACUUUCCACCCAAUACUCAAUUUAUUUGAAACUAUCAUGUCCAAUCUUGAUAUUGAUGCUGUUGUUAAGUUUUUGAUAGAUAUUUAUGAUGAAAACAUUGUUUUGAAAUAUUGUACUUUAUCAAGAAUUAAGUGAUUAUAUAACAAUUAUCAGUCUAACCGUAAUAUAAAUGUUCACCGAUAUUGGAUGACUUGUUUAUGGCCGACUAUUAACAAUAUAGACUGAACUCAAUCUUGACAGUGUUUCAAUUCCCUUUUACAGUUACUGUUGAAAUAUUGAAUUUUGAAUCACUAUUUCAACAUGUAAUUCAGUGAUAUGAAGUUAUAAAAUAAUCCUUCUUUAAUGUUUAGAUGAGACCAUAAAUAUAUUGUCCAAAUCAUCAUUAGUUACUUGUCUUAUGCCGAUAAGUUAGAAAUGCAGAUGUCAUUUUGCAGGGUUUUAUUUGUCUGUACAUUUAUUGCGCACGUUCAUAUAUAAUUUAUUUUGAAGUAAACUAUACUAAUUUAGUCAGACCGGGACAUGAUAUCAAACCAGCCAAAUUAAUCAGUUUGGGUCAAUUUAAUGACGUUUAUAUAACUAUGCCCAAGAACCGAUCAACCAUCAAUAAAGUGACCUGUAUCUAAUUGUUCACAUCAAUAUUUUGUGAGCGUUAAAAGAGCUAGAUGAAAUGCGUUUAGAUUAUAAACUAAAUCUAACCCUAGAAGUUGAACUGUACUCCGUCAGAAUAUGAUGGAUGGUUUCUUUUCUUGCACACAGCUUAGUGACUUGUACAUCUUCACAUAAAUUAAUACUCGUUUAGUCAGUUGGCGCUUCUUUAAAUGCUAGAUGAAGACGAGAAAGCCCUGUUAAUAAAUGCCAUCAUCAUUUCAGGCAUAAAUAUAUCAUAUACAACUAAAAUGCUUUUAGUAUUUUGUAGAUUAAAUAGUUACAAUUUUAUUAAUUUUACAUGUAAAUUUAUUUUUUUACUUGUUUCAAAAGUGACUUUCAAAUGAUAAAUGCAAAAAGUAAACCAUCGGUCAGGAAAUCUCAAAAGCCUUUUAUUUGAGUCAUUCCACAACAAGAAGACUGUCCAGCUCUGUGAACAAACAUUCGAGGAAACAAAAGCCAAAUGUGAUCAACAUUUUAAUACAAAAAGGUAAUCACAGAAACUGCUAUGGCAACUAGCUCCACUCUUUACCUCAUAACAAUUAAAGUGAAUUUCAAAAAAUCGAGUUUAGUACGAACUAUGCAUCAAUCCACUUUGAAAUAUGCACGAAACAGCUCAGUCUACGCAAUCAUAGUAUAUCCAGGUGAAAUCACAUCAUCCGGAUCCAUAUAAUUUUACAUACAUAUUUCUGACACAUUACGUGAGUAUCACUCGCCACAUACUGUUACACCAGCUUUUCUUGACACUCAUGACGGCCAUCUUGUCUGUCAUCCUAAUGCUGCAACCAAUGAUGGUGUGUGCAGAACUGUUUCAAAUUUGGAGCCAAAGCAAAUCUGCAGAAACUAUAUGAAAAACGUAUACCGAUAGAACAUUAUAUUGAAAAUACUGGAGUGCAUGCUUAACGUUUUUAGACUGUUCCUCUAGUGUUCUCACUUAUUUUAUUGUUGGUCAUGGUUGCUGUUCCGGAUAAACUUAGAUCUGAGUCUUUCUUCAGAAAACUGAAUCCUAUAUCUAAUGUUGUAAAAGACUUACGGUUCCAUACGUGAAUCGAUUAGACACAAAGUAUAUGGACACUGAAAUUUAAACUUAAUCAAUAUUCAAGUAUUAUCGCAAAAUUUAUUUCAUUUCGCUUCUGUUUAAUAUCCUUUGUCGUCGUAAAUGAGAGGACUUCAUAAUAGUCAAAUCGAGAUAUACUACUAGCACACCAAAUAAGUAACUACUGGUAUGAGGCACAUUCGACUAAGGAUAAACUCCACUGUCAUUUGCCCUUUUGAUCUUGCGCCUGGCAACUAAUCAAAAUGAAGCGAGUAUUAUUAAUUUCGCUCUCGUAAUCCACAUAUGCCAAUUAAUUUUAUGGUAGAAAUCAUUCCGAAAUAUUUACAAUAAGUGACCAAAUAAACCAAGACAUAACCGCUACUACUGACUGCUAUACACUUAGAUGACUUGACAGUGUGGAGUUCAUCCCCACUCAAAAAUUCAUUUCACUAGUUGGACAGUUAGAAACUAGUGGUUAGCGACAGUAUGUGAAUAUGCAACAUAGUUAAUCCAUACUCUCCAUCGGGUGUUAUUUCUCUGCUUCUUGUUAGUAAUCUGACUCAUCAUUUCUUUGGUUUCCAUGUUGUUUUGUGAAGAAGUGAAUCAGUGUACUGUUUUUACAUGUUCUAACUUAGUCCAGGUGACCAAUUCAUUGUUGAAUAAUAUGAAUGAAUAUAUUCCGAACAAUGAUGAAAUAAGCAUCCAAUGCAAUUUUGUUUUCAAUGGUGAUUCAUUUGAUUCUAUUGUCAAAUAAUAUCCCCGUGUUCAAAACGAUUGAGAACUGUAAUCAAACCAUUUUCUCAACUAGUUUACAUUAAAGCAAUGCUAAAAGAAGUGGCGAAAAAGCCAGGCGACAUUCGUGAUGCGAACUGCAAAAAUACAAAUAGAUAAAAUUAGAUGAGAUGCAGCGAAAAGACUCUUGUCAGACAAUUAAUGAUGAUUAUUGGAAAAAAGGUACGACAGUAAAUGUGACAGUGCUCAAAAUGACAUCCAAAAUUAUCAUUAAGAAUCAUUAUUGUUUGUAAACAAUACGUGAAUAGAACAUGUGAGAAAACUUUAUACUGAUACAGAAUAUGUCCUGAUUUGUUUUCAUGAAUUAAUGCUAACUAUCUUGGUACUUUCGGUGACAAUAAGAGAUGCAAGAAUAAUGUACAGCAACAUAAAACUUUUAUAAAUACCUGUUUUGCAUAGAACAGAAAUUUUGUCUAGAAAAAAACGAUUAAUUG